GCGGACAGCAGACAUUUGUUGUCUUGGCUUGGCCUCUUUCUUUCUUUCUCUCUCUCUUUCUUGCCUCCAACCGACACAUCCAUCCCUCCAUCCAUCCAUCCAUCCAUCCAUCUAGAGCUUGGACCAGUGGACCUCCUGAUUCCCAUCAUCCGGUUACUUCACUCGACACCCCGCCCGUUCCAAGUCUUGGCCCUCCAUCAUGGAGACAGACACGCCUCAAAACCCCGGGACCACCUUGACCUCUGGCCCCGCCUCGACCGUGACGGACCCACUGCCCUCGGGUGCGGCUACCAAUGGCGCCGCAGCUUCGGCUGACUCAGCUUCGGAGCUGAACGACCCCGCCCCGGCCCCGGCCAAUGCCCCGUCCAAUGCACCGUCCAAUGCCCCGGCCAAUGCCCCGGCUUCAGACGCGACGGAAGGCUGGGCUCCGGUAGCGGCGAGGGAUUCGUCCGCCUCGGAUUCGUCGUUGAUUCCGGCGCGGAAUUUGGUGUUCUCGUACCCGAUCGAGGAUUACACGCACCCUUCGCUGUCGACGUCGCAUGAUUUGAAACAUUCCUACUCCUGGGAGUCGUUGAUGAGCGCGCCCGACUUUGUGGCGGCGCCCGUGACGGCCUUCAAACACGCCCCCAUGUCCGAGUGUUGGGACCAGAUCACGGUGGGCAUGAAGGUCGAGGUGGAGAACAAGGAUGCUGAGCAUUUUGGCCUGUUCGACGUGAGCUACUGGGUGGCCUCGGUCCUCCGCUUGUCGGGCUACAAUGCGCUCUUGCGCUACGAAGGCUUUGGUCAAGACGGCACCAAAGACUUUUGGCUGAGCGUGUGCUCGGACAAAAUUCAUCCCGUGGGCUGGUGCGCCACCAAGGGCAAGCCCCUGAUUCCGCCUCGAGCCAUUCAGACCAAGCGUUCGGAUUGGAAAGACUAUUUGGUCAAGCGUCUAACGGGGGCCCGUACGUUGCCCACCAAUUUCUACAGCAAGGUUUGGCAGAGUGUGGGCUCCAUCUUCAAGCCCGGCAUGAAACUCGAGGUGGUCGAUAAGAUGCGGAUUUGCCAGGUGCGCGUGGCUACCAUUUUCGAGAUCAUUGGCCGUCGCUUGUACCUACAAUACGAUAAUGUGGACCAUAAUGAUAAAGGGUUUUGGUGCCACGAAGAGAGUCCCCUCAUCCAUCCCGUGGGCUGGGCCCAUCGGGUGGGUCAUCAGAUUGAGGCCCCCCAGGCCUAUUACGAUCGUUGUGCCUUAGAGACUUACACCGACACGGAUUGUACGGCUGACAUGUUCCCGGAGUAUAAACAGCCACCCGGACAGUUUCAAGUGGGUAUGAAGAUCGAGGCUGUGGAUCCCCUCAACCUGGCCACGGUGUGUGUGGCCACCAUCAUGAAGGUGCUUCGCUUCGGCUACAUCAUGGUUAGAAUCGAUGGUUAUGAGACGGAUGAGACGGGUUCGGAUUGGUUCUGUUAUCAUGGAUCGUCGCCACUGAUCUUUCCUCCCGGAUACUGCGAGAAGAAGAACAUCAAGUUAAAGCCUCCCACAGGGUGGGAGGACAAUUUCACGUGGUACGAUUAUCUCAAGGAGACGAAAGCUCAAGCCGCUGCCGUGUCGCUCUUCAAUCCCCAUCGGGACGACGUUCGACACGGCUUCAAAGUGGGCAUGAAAGUCGAGGCCUCGGACCAAAUGGACCCUAGGCUCAUCUGUGUCAGCACAAUCGGUCGCGUUGUUGGACGCCUUCUGAAAGUCCACUUUGACGGUUGGGAGGACGACUACGACCAAUGGAUGGAUUGUGAGAACGUGGACAUUUACCCAGUGGGUUGGGCCGAAUUAGUCGGCCAUAAACUUGAAGGACCGCGGAAGAUGCCUCCGCAAAAGAAAGAAAAACGUAAGCCCGUGGGUCGAAAAGGCAAGAAGAGGGCCUCAGCCGGAGGAGGCAAUUCUUCCAACGCGGGAGGGAGCACCACGGUAUCGCCCAAUCCUAAUAAUCAAGGCCCUCUGGCCACACCUAAUGGGAGGAAAUCGGGUCGGAAAACGGCGUCGCCGGUGAAUGUGAAGGAGGUCGAAGAGGUUCCCGAAGUCGCUCCGCUAGCACCGAAAACGCCCUCGCCCUCACCUCCCCCACCACCUCCACCGGCCUCCUCUUCCUCCGCUCUUGUGGCUGUACCUGCUAGCUCAUCACCACCGCCUCCCGUCUUGGAAGCACAAAGUGUGGAGCCAGCCAGUCCCACCCCUCCUCCACCCACUUUGACGCCGGCUUUGGCCAUCAAAGUCAUUCCCAGAUUGGUGGACUCGGCCGGUCAAGUCUCGAACCAAAGAAUUCGCGACUCGAACCUGGACCCAGCCAAUUGGAACGUGGAUGAGGUAGCACAAUUUUUGGAGAUCAACGAUUGCGCCACUCUUGUGGACGCGUUUAUUGAUCAGGGAGUGGACGGCAGCCGCUUUUUAUCCUUGGCUAAAGAAGAGGUGAUGAAGUUGGCUAAUAACAAGAUCGGUCCUUGCCUCAAGGUUGAAAACCUCUUGACUUUGUUGAAAGCCCGCAUGAACCCGGCCCAAGCGCGCUUCCUCGCUACGAUUCGAAAGAGCACGCCUUGAAGAGACAAAAUUGUUGAGAUUGCUCCGAGUGUUUCACGUGUGUAUAUUUAUUUUUGAUGCCCACUAAAUCCAUAGGCUGAGGAGCCUUUCUUGACGACGAUGUAAAAAAAAUCUUAAAUAUCAUCAGAUUCUGAACGUAAAGCAGAGAAAUAAAGAUAGAAACCUCGAAA